AUGGAGCCUCUGAAGCCUGAAGACAGAAGAAGGCUCAAGGUCUUUGGCAUCAAGGGAGCAGCACUGGGAACGGGCAGCGACCGCGCUCCCCUGUGGCUUCAGAAAUGGGUUGCCCUCAUUUUGGAGUACACGGAAAUGGAGAGAAAUCUGCUGCCAAAAGAACUCCUUGCCCUGCCUUCGUCCGUGGCCGUUUACAAUGGGGAGACCGCUGCUGCCCAGGCAAAAGGCGUCUGCGACAAUCGACUGCAGAACAUCGCCAUCACACUGGACAAAGUCAGGAUGUGCCUGAGGCAGCCUGGGCAAACAAAGACCCACCCACUGCGCUUCCUCACGGACGAGCAGACCACUGACUAUCUGUGGGCCAACGAAAAGUCUGUCGCGAGGCGUGCUGUCAGGUGUUGCCUGCCAGAUAUCGUUCCGGCGGCGUGGGCGCGAAAACUCAAGGAGUCCAACUUGGAUGCCUUGGAGCUCGCCAGGUUCGGGGUGAGGCACGGGUGCGAAUAUCCCACGGCUGCCAAGCUCUUCGAGAAGAUCUUGGAGGAUGCGUCGUGCGCGAAAGACGCCAAACGGAAGCUGUUGGAUAUUGUGGAAAUCCUGCGAAUGGAGGACAUGAGAACGGGUGGGUUCCACACCGCCUGUGCAGACAUUUUGCAGCUGUACGCCAACACCCAUCACUAUUUCGCAAUGGACAAAACAUAUACAGGCUUCACGUCGCGGCCUCUUAGAAUUCCCCUGAACUCCAUUUCAGGACUGGGCGUGAAAAAGAGGCCACCAUUGCUUCUCAACGGGACUUAUGCGGCAGAGGGGAGCAGGGAGUCCACAGAAAAUAGUCCAAUGGCUGGCCAGGAGACAACCACUGGCAGGCCACAGAGCGAUCUGAAUAGGCAGGAGAUCGAGGUGUCGAAAAAGUACCCCAUGAACUUCAUCUGGGCGCAGCUGAGUUUCUGGUUCAAACAGACUGUCACCGACCCGACGGCGUCGCUGUCGGCGGACAGGCGCGGAUCGAUAUGCUUGCCGGACAUCGAGUCCUGUUACAACAGCGGCAGGAAGGACUACCACAAAAAGGACCGCCCGUGGCUCCUGGAGCUGCUCGAAAACAAGCCAGACGCGAUGUGGAAGUUCGGGACCAUCUUCUCCUUUCGAAGCGAGGCCAAAAUCUACGGGUCGCCCAUGGUGGACGCCGUGUGGCGGGGGGACCAAGAGGGACUGCAAAGGGUGGUGGCGGAGCUGAAGUCAGCAUCUGUGCCUGGCCCAUCUUGA